AUGUCAACCGUCGCUCGUCGACGACUAAUACGGGACUUGAAGAAGCUCCAACAGGACCCUCCUAGUGGUGUUAGUGCAGCACCGACUACGGAUGAUAUCAUGAGAUGGACUGCAGUCAUGUUCGGGCCGGAAGAUACCCCAUGGGAAGGAGGUACAUUCCAACUGGAAGUCACAUUCAGUGAGGAAUUCCCGACCAAACCGCCUCGGGUGCGGUUUCUGAAUCCAAUGUUUCAUCCCAACAUCUACACCAACGGCGAGAUAUGUCUCGACAUUCUGCAGAACCAGUGGUCUCCUAUAUACGACAUAGCAGCCAUCCUAACGUCGGUUCAGUCAUUGCUAUGUGAUCCUAACCCCAACAGUCCAGCGAACAGCGAGGCAGCCCGAUUGUGGAGCGAGAACCGGCGAGAGUAUAACCUCAAGGUAGUGCAGUGUGUCGAGGAUUCUUGGGCGGUCGCUGAUGAGCUAACUAAGGAUAUGAGCGAUAUUGAUGACGAUUAG